CGCUCUAUGCUAAAAGCCACUGAAUUUCCUUUUCUGCCUCAUUCUCCUGAAACUGUAAAUACAGUCGGCAUAUGCGGACAACCUAUCCCACAUCCUGUCUCUGAACCUGUCUCCAUUGCUAUUGGCCCUUUGUCUGAGAAUCAUGCCUUCCUUCUCAGCCUCUGUGCACCUGUCAACCUUAUUGGAAAAAAUCUGUUGUGUAAAUUGGGAUGCGUAAUUUAUUGUAGUCCGAAUGGUGUUUACCUUGAGGUACUGGAACAUAGGGAAACCGAGCUUGUGGCUUUGCUAACCCAGGAGUACUCUGAUCCUGACACUUCCUACUUGCAAGAGGAACUGUUAGCACGAGUACCUCCACAACUGUGGUCCACCCAUGCAAAUGAAGUGUGUCACAUGUUGAGUGCGAAACCAGUACGCAUCACCUUAAACCCUGCCAAGCCACUCCCUUGUGUCCCGCAGUACCCCAUCUCAAGGAAAGCUGAGGAAGGGAUCAAGCCUGUCAUUUCCUUGCUCCUUGAGCAAGGGAUUAUUGUCCCAGCACACUCCCCUUGCAACACACCUAUCCUACCUAUUAAAAAGCCUGGUAAAGAUACUUAUCGUUUUGCGCAAGACCUUCGAGCUGUAAAUGCUGCUGUUCUACCUACUUUUUCCGUGGUCCCUAACCCCGCCACUAUUCUUUCCUGUAUCCCUCCAGAUGCCACCCGUUUUACAGUGGUAGACCUGUGCUAUGCUUUUUUCUCCAUCCCCAUUCAUAAGGAUAGCCAGUCCCUGUUUGCAUUCACCUAUCAGGGACUCCAAUAUACCUGGACAAGACUCCCUCAGGGAUAUACAGAGUCCCCCACCUUGUUUUCCCAAAUCCUGAAACAGGAUUUAGACCCCAUCACGUUCAAAGGGAAGUCCACCCUUAUUCAGUAUGUUGAUGACUUGUUGUUAGCCUCACCUACUCUGGAGGCCUGCAAACGAGAUACUUUGACACUCCUCACAGCUUUAGCUCAGAGAGGCCACAAGGUUUCAAAUUCCAAACUGCAACUCUGUAAGCCUAAGGUACAUUAUUUAGGACAUGGUAUCUCAGCAGGAGAACGACACCUUUCCCCCAGUAGAAUUGAAGCUAUCUUCAACAUUCCCAAACCCAUGACUAAGAAACAGCUGAGGGGAUUCUUGGGUGCAAUGGGCUAUUGUAGGCAGUGGAUCCUGGGCUACACCGCUUUUGCAAAACGCUUGCAAACAUUCACUCAUGAUUCCACCCCAGAACCACUCCCUUGGACUCCUAAAGCCGAACAAGCAUUUGUGGCCCUUAAGCAAGCCCUCACUGUUGCUCCUGCUCUUGGACUCCCCAAUUAUAAAAAAACCUUUAUCUUGUUUUGUCAUAAAAAAGAAGGAAUCGCUUUCGGGGUACUCAACUGCAUGGUGAAAAACAUCGCUUAUUUGCACACUACAGUUCUGCUCUUGAUCCCGUGGCUGCGGGACUUCCUCCUUGUCUCUGUUGAGGUGCUGCUGCUGCCUUGUUAGUUGAAAAGGCAGAUACUCUAGUUUUAGGACGCUCUUUGACUGUUGCAGUUCCGCAUGCUGUUAUGGCCCUUGUCCUCAAAGGCAAAACUCAGCACAUUUCCAAUUCCCACCUUCCCAAAUAUGAAAAAGUUUUAUUGUCAGCUGCAAAUGUAACUUUGAGUCGCUGUUCAAUUUUAAAUCCUGCCUCACUUCUGCCAAUCGCCUCUGAUGGUGAGCCCCACGAUUGCCUGUCUGUCACAACUCAGUUGUUAACCCCUCAAACUGAUCUCAAGAACGUUCCUAUCCUAAACUCUGACCUUGUUUUAUUUGUUGAUGGUUCCUGUCUUAGAAAUGAUGCAGGCCAAUUAGUUACGGGAUAUGCAGUAUGCACUCAGUAUGCUGUUUUGGAAGCCUAUUCUUUACCCCAAGCUCGUGCUGCUCAAGUUGCUGAACUCAUUGCUUUAACACGUGCCUGCAUCCUUGCAAAGGAUCAAAAUGCAACCAUUUAUACUGACUCUAAGUAUGCCUUUGAUGUCGUUCAUGAUUUUGGACGGAUAUGGAAACAAAGAGGGUUCCUCACUUCAUCAGGGACCCAAAUCAGUCAUGGUUGUUAUGUUAAUGAGCUCUUAGAAGCCGUUCAACUGCUUUCUGCUAAUGCUAUUGUUAAAUGUAAAGCUCAUGAAAAACCUUCUGAUGAUGUGACAAGAGGAAAUGAUCUGGCAGACCAUUCUGCCAGAAACACGGCCCUUUCUGGCCCACAGGCUCCUAACUCUGUUCUUGUUUGUUUUUCAGCAGACCAGUCUCCCUUGGCUAGCCUUUCAAAUCUAGCCUUUCUCCAAAAUCAAGCUCCAAAAAGGAAAAGGAUGACUGGCUGCAUGCAAGAUGUUCACUGCACCCCGACUCUCUCUGUAAAGGUGGGGAUGAUUGCUGCAAUACAAAGAGAUUGGUUUGCCCCAAAUUUUCCUUCCAUGGCACAACAGUACCACAGCUCCUGUCCCAUCUGUUUAGCUCAUAACAUUGGGCAACGGGUAAAGACAACACCCGCAGCCCAUCCCCCUCCAUGGGGACCGUUUGUGAAUUUGCAAAUUGAUUUCGUGCAGCUACCCAAGUGUUGUUCUUAUGGGUAUAUUCUUGUUAUUAUUGAUAUGUUCUCUGGAUGGGUGGAAGCCUACCCAUGUAUACAUGCUGAUUCCAUCAUAGUAGCUAAGAAACUGCUUAAAGAAUUCAUCCCUAGAUUUGGAUUGCCCCUCACAAUAGAUAGCGAUAGAGGCACCCAUUUCACAGGACAAAUACUCAAAAAUAUCUGCCAGGCACUCAACAUACAGCAACAUCUGCACUGUAGUUAUCAUCCACAAUCAAGUGGUGCUGUAGAAUGUAAAAACCCUGAUUUAAAGACAUGCAUUUCAAAAUUUGCGCUCAAACAGGCCUCUAAUGGCCUGAUGCACUGCCCAUUGCUCUUAUGCACAUUAGGAACACUGUCAAUAGAAAACAUGGCCUAACACCUUAUGAAAUACUCAUGGCACGACCCACGAGGAUGCCAGCCACACCACCUGUUGCCUUACACCAAUCAGAUCUACAAUUGACUGAUGACACUGUACUGAAUUAUUGCAAGGCAUUAAUGAAGUAUGUCAGGUCUGUUCAUUCACAGGUCCAAGAAGCCUUACCUCAACCACGGGAUGUUCCCUCUCACAACCUCGAACCAGGUGAUUGGGUCUAUGUAAAGGUCCAUCA